UUCUCCAAAACGGAGACACCAGACAGCCAGGAUGAUAAGUGAGAACAUGUCCACUUUGAUGGUAGGUGCUGUCAUUGGGCUGGGAGUAGGCGUGAUGCUUGUCUUACCAGGAGACCCGCUGGGAGACAACGGGUACCUGCUGUGGAGUGAAACGGGCCUGCUCGGUAUUACAGCUGUGCUCUGCAUCACCGUUUCCGUCUUCGUCCUGAGUUGGCUGUACAGGCUGAUCUUCUGUCCCCUGGAGCUGCUCAGGGCGCCUGAUGACGUGGGAUACAUCGCAGAGGACGGUCGCUCCAAAGCACAGGCUGCAAACGACGUCCGCCGCAGGAGGAAGACCGGAGAGCUGCCUCCGGUCUAUCCGAACGGCUGGUACCGAGUGCUGGACUCCCAUCUGCUAGAGAGAGGCCAAGUCAAAAAUGUCUCUAUUCUAGGUGAGCAGGUGGCAGUGUUUCGAGGCCAAAAUGGGAAGGCCUAUGUGGUGGAUGCCUACUGCCCUCACCUGGGAGCCAGCCUGGCUGUGGGAGGACAGGUGGUGGGAAACUGCAUAGAGUGCCCAUUUCAUGGAUGGCAGUUUCAGGGGAAUGAUGGCAAGUGUGUCAAGAUCCCGUAUUCAGAAAAAGUGCCAGAGUUUGCCAAGGUUCGUCACUGGACAAGCUGUGAGGUUAACGGCCAGAUCCUGGUUUGGUUUCACUGUGAUGGAAAAGAACCUCAGUGGACGGUCCCAGAGCAGGAGGAAGUAACAAAGGGCGAGUGGGUCUAUCGGGGGAGAACUGAACAUUUUGUUAAUGCCCACAUACAGGAGAUUCCUGAAAAUGCAGCAGACAUUGCUCACCUGGCUCACCUGCACACGCCGAGCAUUGUCAGCGGAGUGGACCUGCGUCACAUCAACAGCAAAACCUGGGAAUUUUUGCGACAUGACUGGAAGGUUCAAUGGGAAUCGGAGUCAGAGCCCAACCAGCAUUGUUCUCAGAUGUUGGUGAAACAUUCAUUCACUGUGUUUGGACUCCACUGGCCUCUGCUUGAUGUUCAUGUUGUGGCCAGACAGGUGGGUCCUGGCAUUGUGUUCCUGCGGUUCGACCACAGCUUCUUGGGUCGAGGUCUUAUCAUGCACUGUGUGACUCCAGUGGAGCCUCUGUUGCAGUGUGUCUCUCACAUCAUGUUUUAUCAGUCCAAUAUCCCACCUCCGGUGCCCAAAUUCAUCCUCAAAGCUGAAUGCAUUCAGUUUGAGCGGGAUGUGAUGAUCUGGAAUAAUAAGAAGUACAUCUCCAAGCCUCUCCUCGUGAAGGAAGACUCAGCCAUCCAGAAGCACAGGCGCUGGUUCAGUCAGUUCUACAGCGAGAACAGCCCACGGCUGCAGUACCAGCGCGACACUUUGGACUUCUGACCUCCCUGAAAUCCAGGAGGAGAGAUCAACCGAGAUUACGUCAGAUCAGGGCUGAAUUUCAUCAGACAUCUCAGAGGAGGGAGUCCAGGAUUGAUUUUUAUCUGUCACUUAUAACGAAUUAAAAGAAGAAAGGAGACCUGCACUGUUUGUUGGAUGAACGUAACGUUAAACCUGCUUUCCAGCUUUGAAUCCUUAAGUGCCUGCAGUUGUCACACCAGCCUGUUGGACUGGUAUAACUAACUGAGUGGGUUCAGUCUAUAAUGUGAGAUCUUUGUGAAAGACUGCUAAUCUUCGAAGGAAGCAAUACUACAAACACCAUAACUUACUUGUUAUAAUGCACAGACUAUCAAAGCCAUUUUACUGUGAAAAAUGUUAUUACUGUGACAAACUUACAGCCAGUAACAGUCUUAAUCAGUCUGCUUGAGUGACUGUUUUAGAUGAUUUCUUUAAAUGAUUUGUGUGAUUUUUUACAUGCUAGAUGAUCCUUCUGCAGUAUGUUACUUCCGAUAUUACUAUUUGGUUGUGUCUUUCUUGCUUUGGCUUUAUUUAGGUUAGAAAUUAUUGUUCUGGCCUUUGAAAUUUUAAGUUUAAAUCUUUCUUGUGUAAUCAAACUGGCCAGUGCCUCAGCCACAGGUAUAAUGGCAGCUGUGUUUGUUCUCUGAUUGGGAUCACAGGUUAUUCAGCAGCAUGCUGAUAGUGAUUUUCUAGUCACAGCAGUGUGCAAUGACAAGUUAAAAGACCACUUUUAAACUUUUUAGGUUUCUACAUUUAAUUUAAUGAUAGGAUGACUAGGAUUUACAUGGCCAGUGCUAUUGUGCUUUUGGAUAAGUGGAAAAGUUAUGUUCACAUCCUGAUUCUAAAAAGAGAAAAUGAAAGGUUGUAAUGUGGAAAAUUUAGACCCAGUGAUAUCUCCUGGUACUGUGUGGGUUAGUGCUGCCUUAUCAAGUACAGAAACUGUGGUGGUAAAUGGUUACAUAUUUAAUAUGAGUCACAGAGAGGAUUAAAGACAUAGCUCAGCAGCACAGACAGACAUUUCUUUGUUUAGAAAUAGUUACAGUCUCUAACUGUUUUUGGAGCUCAUUUUGUGCAGAUUAAACCAACAAAAUGCAACAUGA